AUGGGAGAACUGGGCAAUAGCACAAUAGACUUCCACCCUAAGAAGCCGGGGAUGGACAAAGGAGGUCAUGAGGGAGAUUUCGGGGUGACCGUUGAGGAGUUAUGCUUGCUGAUGGAGCUCAGGGGACCUGAAGCCCUGCAGAAGAUCCAGGAGAACUACACAGACACAGAAACCCUCUGUCAUAGACUCAAGACUUCACCUGCAGAUGGAUUAUCGGACAAUCCUGCGGACUUGGAGAAACGUCGGCAAGUGUUUGGAAUGAACUUCAUCCCUCCUAAGAAGCCCAAGACCUUCCUUCAGCUCGUGUGGGAGGCUCUACAGGAUGUCACCCUCAUAAUCCUGGAAAUAGCGGCCAUUAUUUCCCUCGGGCUGUCCUUUUACCAGCCGCCAGGAGGAGAAAUUGAAGCGUGUGGUAAUGUGAGUUCAGGUGCGGAGGACGAGGGAGAGGCAGAGGCGGGCUGGAUCGAGGGUGCAGCUAUCCUGCUCUCGGUGAUGUGUGUGGUGCUGGUGACAGCGUUUAAUGACUGGAGCAAAGAGAAGCAGUUCCGUGGCCUGCAGAGCCGUAUCGAGCAGGAGCAACGCUUCGCUGUGGUGCGGAACGGCACGGUCAUUCAGAUCCCCGUGGCUGAGAUGGUGGUGGGGGAUAUUGCCCAGAUCAAAUAUGGCGACCUCCUGCCUGCGGAUGGUGUUCUCAUCCAAGGGAACGACCUUAAGAUCGAUGAAAGCUCCCUCACUGGAGAGUCUGAUCACGUACGCAAAUCCAUCGACAAGGAUCCCAUGCUGCUGUCAGGCACUCAUGUAAUGGAGGGCUCUGGGAAAAUGUUGGUGACCGCUGUUGGUGUCAACUCUCAAACGGGCAUCAUCUUCACCCUCCUGGGGGCUGGAGAGGUGGAGGAAGAGAAGAAAGACUGCAAGAAAGAGGUCAAUAGUAAUUCAUCCACGCUGUUCUCCAGUGUUGAAGCCAAAGAACACAACAUCAUAAAUGGGAAACAAGACGGCACCCUGGAGAACAAUCAAAAUAAAGCUAAGAAACAGGAUGAGGCUGUUGCCAUGGAGAUGCAGCCUCUGAAGAGUGCAGAAGGUGGGGAAGUGGAGGAAAAAGAAAAGAAAAAAGCUAGUGUGACCAAGAAGGAGAAAUCAGUUCUUCAGGGCAAACUCACCAAGCUGGCAGUGCAAAUCGGGAAAGCAGGUCUGGUGAUGUCCGCCAUUACUGUGAUUAUCCUGAUGCUGUACUUCGUGAUCGAAACGUUUGUCAUACAGGGACGGGUCUGGUUGACAGAAUGCACACCUAUUUAUGUGCAGUACUUUGUCAAAUUCUUCAUCAUCGGAGUUACAGUUCUGGUGGUGGCUGUGCCAGAGGGUUUGCCACUGGCUGUCACUAUAUCAUUGGCCUACUCCGUAAAGAAAAUGAUGAAGGACAAUAACCUGGUGCGUCAUUUGGAUGCAUGUGAGACUAUGGGCAAUGCCACUGCUAUUUGCUCAGAUAAAACGGGGACCCUCACCACUAACCGGAUGACAGUAGUGCAGAUUUAUGUAGCGGACCAGCACUUCCGCGACCUCCCAAGACCAGACCAGAUUAGCCCAAAGACAUUGGAGCUCAUCACCAGUGCUAUUGCUGUGAAUUGCGCCUACACCUCGAAAAUAAUGGCUGCAGAUAAGGAAGGUGGGCUGCCCAAACAAGUGGGUAAUAAGACAGAAUGUGCUCUGCUGGGCCUCGUGCUGGGCCUGAAGCAGGACUACCAAGCUGUGAGGGAGCAGAUCCCAGAAGAGAAGCUCUAUAAAGUCUACACCUUUAAUUCUGUCAGAAAAUCCAUGAGCACCGUCAUUCAGAUGCCUGACGGAAGCUUCCGCUUAUACAGCAAAGGAGCCUCUGAGAUCCUGCUCAGAAAGUGCUCUUUCAUCUUGGGCCGUGAUGAUGAGACUCGUGCUUUUAAGCCACGGGACAAAGAAGAAAUUGUGAAGAAAGUAAUUGAACCGAUGGCAUGCGAUGGCCUUCGUACGAUAUGCAUCGCUUACCGGGAGCUCCCAGCUGACCCCAUGCCAGAUUGGGACAAUGAGACAGACAUUGUCUCCAACCUUACUUGCAUCACCAUGGUCGGCAUUGAAGACCCUGUUCGACCUGAGGUUCCAGAAGCAAUCAGGAAGUGUCAACGAGCAGGCAUCACUGUGCGUAUGGUGACAGGUGACAACAUAAACACUGCACGUGCCAUUGCUGCCAAAUGUGGCAUCAUCCAUCCAGGCGACGACUUCCUGUGUAUUGACGGGAAGGACUUCAACAGGCGAAUCAGAAAUGAGAAAGGAGAGAUUGAGCAAGAGCGCAUUGACAAAGUUUGGCCCAAGCUCAGAGUUCUUGCUCGUUCUUCCCCUACAGACAAACACACACUAGUCAAGGGUAUCAUAGACAGCACCACUCUAGAACAAAGGCAGGUGGUUGCAGUCACCGGUGACGGCACAAAUGACGGACCUGCUCUGAAGAAAGCUGAUGUGGGAUUUGCAAUGGGCAUUGCUGGUACAGAUGUGGCCAAGGAGGCCUCUGACAUAAUCCUGACAGACGAUAACUUCUCCAGUAUAGUAAAGGCUGUGAUGUGGGGACGGAAUGUGUAUGACAGCAUCUCCAAAUUCUUACAGUUUCAGCUCACAGUGAAUGUGGUGGCUGUCAUAGUAGCCUUCACUGGGGCCUGCAUCACGCAGGAUUCGCCCCUUAAGGCCGUGCAGAUGCUGUGGGUCAAUCUGAUCAUGGACACGUUUGCUUCUCUGGCUCUUGCCACCGAGCCGCCCAAUGAAGCGUUGCUCCUGAGGAAACCCUACGGCCGAAACAAUCCCCUUAUAUCCAGAACCAUGAUGAAGAACAUCCUUGGACAUGCAGUGUACCAGCUCAUCAUCAUCUUCACCCUGCUCUUCGUAGGUGAGAAGAUAUUUGACAUAGAUAGUGGACGUAAUGCUCCACUUCACUCUCCUCCCUCCGAGCAUUACACCAUCAUCUUUAACACCUUUGUCCUCAUGCAACUCUUCAAUGAAAUCAAUGCCCGUAAGAUCCAUGGAGAGAGGAACGUGUUCGAUGGAAUCUUCUCAAACCCCAUCUUCUGUUCAAUUGUGCUGGGGACCUUCGCAAUACAGAUUGUGAUUGUGCAGUUUGGUGGGAAACCCUUCAGCUGUUACCCCUUAAAUGCGGAGCAGUGGCUUUGGUGCCUGUUUGUGGGAAUGGGAGAGCUGGUCUGGGGACAGGUGAUAGCAUCAGUGCCAACACAUCAGCUGAAGUGUCUGAAAGAAGCGGGCCAUGGGCCGGCUCCAGACGAGAUGAUGGAUGAGGAUCUAGCUGAGGAUGAGGAUGAGAUUGACUAUGCCGAGAGAGAGCUGAGACGAGGACAGAUCCUGUGGUUCAGAGGACUCAACCGAAUUCAGACUCAGAUGGAGGUAGUGAGUACCUUCAAGAGAAGUGGUUCGUUUCAGGGUGCAGUGAGACGCCGCUCUUCAGUGCUCAGCCAACUCCAUGACGUAACCAAUAAUUCUACUCCCUCUCACGUAGUUCUCUCCACUGCCAAUGCAACUGGUGCCCCCGGGAGUGAGUCCUUACAUUCUGUUAACGGCACCUCGUAGAGCCCGUGCACUCAGAUGGCUAGCAUAUACACCAACGCGCACACACGUGCAUUGUUGCCUGCCUUCAAACGCGACUAGUCUGCUGAAUGUUGAGUGUGUGUGCAAAGGAGAGAGAGCAGAUUAUUAUAAGAGCAUCUGCUUUAUCUCUCUACAUUUUUAGUUUGUUCUGCUUAUGUUUAUGGCCUUUUUCUUUCUUUCUUGCUACCUCAUAACUUAUUUCUUGCUCUUGCUGUUUAAUUCUGGCUUGGUGCUGCCAAUAUGAAAGCUGGUGUUCUUUUUCUUGUUGCCUUUUUUUUUUGCUUCUCCCGUUGCUUGAUUUGCCAAUAAUUCACCCUCAAAUCAAUGUUGCCAUAAAGGGCUACCAGAAUUUCACACGAAAGAGCCAAACAUCAAUUGAACUGAAUUGAGAAACUGAAGUGGAGACGUUUCCUCUGUUUGACAACAUUGGAACAAUGAAAGCAAAAGGUUGACUGUUGUAAACCUGCGAGUAUAAGCCCAUGAUGGUUUCUGCUGCCAUUUUCAUAUUAGGGAUAUUAGCAUUGAUAAUGCUAACAUUUUUCUAUCCCAUUCAGGACAAAAAGCAUACUUACAAAAUGUGCUGUUUUUUGCUCUAUGUGCACCUUGUUCAGUUUCUCGUUUCUCUUUUCACAGGUUUCAUGUUAUUAACUACCACGCUUGUCAUCUAAUGAAAAUGUCCUGCUUAUUGUUGCUGCUUGAGUUUCUACACAUAAGAAAAACUUUCUUGCUCUCUGCUGCUAUGAUUUGUCACAAAACAGCUGUAGUUUUGGGGACUUUGUUUUUGGGUAGUUUUCUUGAAAGUCCUCUUCUCACAGACAGUUAUUUGUUUAUGAGGAUUUAAUGCACCAGAUAUAACAUCAACAUUGCCCUCCAGGUACCAGCGAUCUUUUCUGUGGUCUAAAGAAACCAGCAGUGUCUUAAUGUUUCCAAAUCCCUUCAAAAAGAAAAAAAAAAAAGCAUUAGUCCAGCUGGAAUGGCCCCCAGUUUCAUUAUCAUUUCCCUUUUAAUGUUACUCUUCCGUUACUUUUAUUUAUGAACUUUUAAAAAUUAAUUAUACUUUGUACUCCUUUUUCUUCCUUUUUUUAACAUAGGUUUUUAGUGUCUUAUCUUGUCCUGUCAGUCUUGUCCAGUAUAUUCUUUUUUUUCAUCUUUGUCCUUGUUUCAUCGUCUUGUAGCAUUUUGUGCUGUGUUAAAGCCAACAGAUAAGGGAAAAAUCCAGCUACAUUGACUAUAUUUUUUGGAUUGCUAUAGUUUCGCAAAAUAAUGUAGACAUGCCUUGGUGAUGCUGCACAAGAGGGCUGCUUCUCAAAAGCUUUUGUUGGGCCAUCAUGCCACAACAAAAGAACAUGACUUUGUGCUGUAGGUUUAGACCUCCAUCCUUCAAACGUCUGUCUUUCACCUCCCUUCAUGAGGAGUUCUGAUGUGAUGUGUUUGGAACAACUAUUCAAACACAAUCUCUUUUCUGUUUUUCCAUCCAGUGCCUGAAUUACAAAAGACUAGCUGAUUCCUCACUGCAGUUAAAACACAAUGUGUUUUUUUUUCCCCUCUUUGAUAUCACAACCAUUACAAAUUCUGGGCCUUAUACUCGAAAGUUUACAAUGUCAGUGCUACGUAGCAAAGAAAACAGCUUGAAAUUAAGCAGGAACCUCAAAACGAAUGGCUCUCUGGAAAAACAAAGCCACAGAAGUGCUGUUGUGUCCAUGUUGUGAAGUCCCCUCCCUCUGUCAGUCACAUUGCUUUGUGGUCAGUCCCGAACGUGGUUUGGCUAUGCAUGUAGAAUGCAGAGAGCGGGAAAAAAA